AUCGCGUACGGUGUGGUCGUGACGUUCCGUCUUAGAGCAAUACGUUUUACGUACUUCGUAACAUAAGUUUUGAUUGCGAUAAUUCAGCGGGCGAUUAUAACGGAUAUUGUGAAGUGAUUAAAAUUAUAGAAAUACCGCGGAACCUAAGGUUGUGUUUAGUGAAAGUGCAUAAAACUGGGACGAAGAAAUUGAAACUCUUGCAUUAAAAUAAAUAGAUUUAUGGAGUUCUCGACCGAAUAAUCGUCGCUGCGUGACGAUGCGAAUUGGAAGUUAGAAUCGUGGAUUCGUGGAUUUUCACGGGCUUUAUGAGGGAGAGAAGAUCUCUACCAAUAAGCGGCGAAGUGGCGGUCAAGGGUGAAAAGGAUGGAGGCGGCAGGGGAUUGGUGGUGAACUCAGUUUUAUGUGGUGUGGUGGAUGAACUAUCGAACGGCCGAGGACGCCGGGGCUCGUGGGUGAGACACGCAGUUAUGGGGGUGCUCAGGUGGAAGGAUUUGACUGGAGUGCGGACCAGUUCCCCUACUGAACAAAAAGAGGCGUCACGUGAGACUCGGCGGCCGGUAUCAGUCAGUGGGGCAACAGCCCCCGGGGACCGGUAUGAAGAGAGGAUACCGCAUGGACCGCCCUCCUCUCCUGGAGCUGUGGCUGCACAGCGGCGGGUGGCAGCCGCCUGCCUCGCCAGCAGACGACUUCUGGAGGAAAUCCUGGCUAAAUCUGGUACUCCACCAACAGUAGUCUUACCUCCCGGUGGUGGUUACUGGGCGGAUGGCGUUGACGACAAUCCCUCAGAUGAAGACAACGAGCCCCGUCCCCAACCGGGAACACCUCAGCAGGUGUCCAGACGGCCCAACAUAGACACUGACGACACCGCCAAGUACUACAGGCGGUUCUUUCUAGGAAAGGAACACAUCAACUUGGUCGGUUUUGACGCAAGCCUUGGGCCAGUAGUGAUGUCCUUGAAAAACGAACACAUGGCUGGUCAGGAUCACACCAGGAUACUUUUGCGACUGCGUACCGAAACUAUGCAUGGACUUAUACCUAUUACAAAUGCUGGCAACCUACCCCCACCGCUGAGAAUGGCGAAAAUGCUGAACGAACAAGUGAAUGUAGACAACUUCACAGCUAUCAUGUGUCUGAAUGCGUCGUCUAUGAUAGCCGCAUAUGAUGAACACGUUUUAGUGAACACUUUUAAGUUCGGCGUUUUAUACCAAAAGUACGGACAAACUACUGAGGAGGAUUUAUUCGGGAAUAAUGACACGUCGCCGGUGUUUGAUGAGUUUUUGGAUAUGUUGGGACAGAGGAUUAAAUUGAAGGAUCACAAAGGUUACCGAGGUGGUCUAGACAUAAUGAACGGGCACACAGGUACAGAGGCGGUCUAUGAAAGGUUCUACGAUCGAGAGAUCAUGUUUCAUGUAGCGCCGCUGUUGCCGCACACCGCGGGCGACGCGCAGCAAUUACAAAGGAAACGACAUGUUGGAAAUGACAUUGUCGCUAUUGUAUUUCAGGAAAAAUCAACCCCGUUCACACCUGAUAUGAUCGCUUCACACUUCUUACACGCAUUCAUCGUGGUUACGCCCAUAGAAGUCGAAGGGGAGACCAGGUACAAAGUGGGCGUCACAGCUCGUGGGGACGUACCAUUCUUCGGACCGACUCUCCCGCAGCCUUCAAUAUUCCGCAAAGGCCGCGAAUUCAAAGACUUCCUCCUCACCAAGUUAAUAAACGCAGAAAACGCAUGCUACAAAGCAAAGAAAUUCGCCGAACUCGAGCAACGAACCCGUAUGUCUUUACUCCAGUCGUUGGCUGAAAAGUUGAGAGAUAAGACUGUUGAGUUCCUUGGUACGGGGGCGCGAUGUGAUAUAGGAGCGGUUUCACCACAGCCUGAGGGAACGCCGAAGCAAGACGGACCGGCUACCAAGAUAUUUGAUACAGUUCGAAAAGUCAUAUAUAAUUCGAAAAUGAGAUCACCAAGUGUAGACACGAAUCUGUCCAGCGAUAGCAAUAAAAAUAACGCGUGCAAGAGAGUUUUAGCGCAUGAAAUACCAACCCCAAAUAGCGGACGAUCAAAGACGUCCAUACCAUCCUCAUCAGCCAGUGCAGUGUCAGUCCGGUCAGCGGGCGGUUCCGGUUCCGGCGAGUCCAGCCCGGAUGUGACGUCACGAGCGGCUGCGCCACGCCCUCCGCUACAUGAUCAUAGCGACGACUCCAGCCUGAAUUCUGUCGAUCUUGAUCCACUUGAUGACAAGGACUGGUUCAGUUAUGGUAAAAAUAUAACAGGCGGCGUUUACGUGGAUAGUGACACCGGCUUAGAAUCCAUGUCGUCAGCUGAAGCAGGCGCUGCCAAUAACAGAGAAGCAAUGGUACCUCCGAGAGACGCAGAUCAAUUACGGCAGGAGGUCUGCCGGCUUAAAAACGACAAAUUGGACCUUUUAAAACAGAAUAUUACAUGGCAAAACGAAAUCAAAUCACUGCGUGAACGAGUGAUGACUCUACAGGCCGAGUUAGCUGCGGUGGGCAAAGAACGGAGACGAGAAGCCACCAUUAUACCCAAUACUACUCAUGAUUCCACCGCUUAAAUUAUAUAUGAUAUAUGCAUACGGCUUGUUUUAACUUGAAACAGCGCCAUCUCUGUUUAUUGCGUUAAACAGAAGCAAACGAACGCUUGUAUGCUUGUUAUCUUUUUGGAGUUUAUUUUAUAAAUGUUAUUGAAAUAUUCGCGGUUAUUUGUGAGUUUUUGCUACUUUCCGUAGUUGUAACAUAGUACCUUUGAGAGAUACAGAAAAUUAGAGCGAUUUCUUUAAUUAGUAUUAAAACUCAAAUAUGCCGCUAAGUUUUAAUAUCAUCAAUACAAAAUUAGCUAAUCAAUGUCUUAUUUAAAUCAUUGAUUCAUUAACGAAUUUUGUGGUAGAAAUCUCAACGGAAUUAAUGAUUUGAUUGUUAGUGAAUUAGAUUUCUGUGAAAUUACGCUAACCCGGCCUAAUUAUAGUGAAAUAGUGCAAUAUAUAUAUUAUACUAUUUGUAGCAAAUUAUAUACUACAGUAUAUAACAAAUAUUUUUCCAAUAUUUUAUUUAUACAACGGACAACAGUAAAAUAUCCUAUCUUUAAUAAAAACUUAUUUUAUGCUUAUUUGAAAAGCUUCUAUUGCAUUGUUUAUAAUCGAAAUAAUCCAAUUUAAUUU